AUGCUGUACUCUGGAAUAACGCACGUAGAGAAGGUUCCUGUUGAAGAGGACAUACAGAGAGAAAAAGCCUUUGCAGAGGCCACGCUUAGGUACGCCAACGCCCUCACACAGCUCAAAACAGCCCACAUUCCCCUGAUCAUCCACCCCGGGAAAAGAGUGAAAUCUAAGAAGGAGAUGCGGGAAAUAGAGGAGAACUUGGUAGAGUCAAGGAAGCCCCAGAAAGUCACCCCCUUCAAGAGGCCCUCCAAGAAGGAGAGGCGAAAGAAGUCGCAGGUGGAGGAGAAAGUCAAGAAUGCCCUUGCGUCCACUCCCGAAACAGACGAGCCCAACGGCCGAGGCAGCAAGCCCGGAAACCUCCGAAAGCUCGGGAAAAAGACGAAAAAGCCCCGUCUUGGCAAGAGCAAAAGGCAGAAGGUCUCCCAUAGAAAAUAA